AUCUAUUUAGAUGGAUGAACACAUUUUAUAUAUAUAUGCAGACUGUUUCUUUCUCCUUCCAACAUGUUAUGCAUAUUCUAAUGCGAAUAGGGAAGCAAGAUCACGAAGAAGAAGAAGACCCAUAGGUUACCGCGGAAUUUAUUUCGACGAUAAUCGUAAGAGACACCCGCGCUCUCUCAGGUGAUGAUUAAAAUCAACAGAGAUGUAUAGACAUAAAUGCUUAUUUAUCACAAGUGAUGUUUACAAACGAAGAACGAGUAGAAAUCAAAUUUCACAAUGAACUUAACGAUUCUCAAAAUUCGAAAAGAAAACAUUCAAUUAUAACUAGACUUAUUAAUUGUAACAGAAUACGAUAAAAAAAAGAAAGGGAAAAAGAAUGCUAAUAUAAUUCGCCAGACAGAUGGUUGUUUGAAUCAUUACGUAAAUGGCAUCAAUGUUAAAUGUGUUGAAGCCAACAAUGAUUAAAGAGGCAACGUUUGUCGACUAAGCGAUACAUUAAAUAAAUAAACUGCCGCGAUCGGGUACGAUCGCGGCCAAGCACUAGUGUGCCUGUCGAAUUCAGCCUGACAAUAUCGUUUAAAAGUGGAACAUGGCUAACCUGGUAGCUGCAGAUUAUGCGGUAAUCGUAAUAACGAUGAUCAUUAGUUCAGGAAUUGGUGUAUAUUACUGGCUUAGCGGAGGAAAACAGAAAUCGAUGGAGGAAUAUUUCAUGGCAGACAGAUCGAUGCAAAUGUUACCGGUCGCGAUAGGCUUAACGGUUUCGUAUAUAUCCGCGGUCAGUUUGCUAGGAGUGAGUUCAGAAAAUUAUGUUUAUGGUACCCAAUACGCCGUGAUCAAUAUUUCUUAUGGACUUGCUACACCAUUCGUUGUUUACUUGUACAUGCCGGUGUUUUUUAAGAUUGGAAAAGCCAGCGCCUUCGAGUACUUGCACAAACGUUUCGGAAAAGCGGCAAGAAUGGCAGGAAGCUUCGCUUUCACACUUCAACUGCUUCUGUACAGCGGUGUAGUAUUGUACGCACCGGCACUUGCCCUGGAAGCAACCACAGGUAUCUCGACGACCGCAAGUGUAAUCGGCAUAGGAUUGGUCUGCACGUUUUAUUCGACCAUCGGCGGUAUCAAGGCGGUUCUCAUUACCGAUGUAUUUCAGAGUCUGUUGAUGCUGAUAGCUAUUAUCUUGGUAAUCAUCACCGCAGCCAUGAACGUCGGAGGCCUUGACAAAAUUUGGGAGAUUGCCCGACAAGGAUCACGGAUAGAAUUUGACAGCAUUUCAAUGGACCCAACUGUGCGACACACCUGGUGGAGCUUGACAUUUGGCGGUUUCUUCACCUACCUCUCCUUGUACGGAACCAACCAAGUUCAAGUUCAGAGAAUGUUAACCAUCAAAAACGUGAAACACGCGCAAUCUGCCAUUUGGAUAAGCUGGCCAUUAUCCUCCCUCAUGUCCUUGGGCCUCUGUUUCACUGGAUUGGCGAUAUACACCCAGUAUCGUAACUGCGACCCCCUCGAGAGCGGAAGGAUCGGAUCCUAUGAUCAAUUAAUGCCGCUUUAUGUGAUGGACAUGCUUUCCGCGUAUCCAGGUGUGCCCGGCCUUUUUAUAGCAGGCAUCUUCAGCGCUGGACUUAGCACCAUCUCUGCCACGGUGAAUUCCUUGGCCGCAGUUAUACUGGAAGAUUUUAUCAAACCCAUAUGUCGUUUUUGGAAUAAAGAGAUUACCGCAACGGGUUCAAUCAUCAUCAGCAAGAUUCUGGCCGUUAUAGUCGGUAUUAGUUGUAUAGGAUUGGCAUUUAUGGGACAUUUUCUUGGUGGACUCCUUCAGGCAGCUCUGACGAUUUUUGGUGUGGUGGGCGGUCCUGUGUUCGGCAUGUUCACUUUAGGCAUGUUUACAAGAUUGGGAAAUCAGAGAGGAGCGAUCGUCGGUCUACUAACUAGCCUCGUUUUCUCCCUGUGGAUUGGUUUCGGUCAGCCAAAACCACCAAUCCCGAACAAGGUGGAUAUCACGUCUAACUGUAGCAAUGCCACGCAUUAUGAUUACGAGGAAUCGUCGAAUUUGCAUUUUGAAUACCAGCAAAGUAACAAUGACUCAUACUUCUACCUGUAUCGCAUUUCAUAUAUGUGGUACUGUCCCUUGGGAAGUGUCUUAAGUUUCGGAGUAGGUUGGAUUUUCAGUUGGAUUUCAAACCUAAUUCUAAAUGAAGAACCACAGGAUAUAGAUCCUGAUCUCUUCACGCCAAUUUUAGCAUCGAAAUUACACAAAGAACGAUUAAAAAAUUCAAACGAAUAUCAUAGUACGGUAAUAUUGGAUACGAUUUCUUGAUAUUAAUUAAUUAAUUCGUGUCAUGAGUGAUAUAAUAAAUAUGCUACGAAGAAAUUUUUUAUACUCAUACAUAAUUUUAAAAUAAUGAACAUUUAAAUUAUCUCUUAACGAUUAACAAGUUACAAUUCUAUUAUGCAAUUUUCAAAACGUUGGUUCUCGUAGUAUUAUUUCAUCAUCGCAUGAUUUCCAACAUCACCAUCACCAUAUUUUUAACGUCCAAUCGUAAAAGGAAACAGACCUAACCUAUCAAUCGUUUAUUUACAACGGUUAGACGCGCCACUCGAAGAAUUCUCGUAAUUGGCCUUAACCUAAAAACAAGCGGAGCAGAGUCCAAAUCCGUUGAACAAGACACGUGUCGCGUAAACCAACCAGAACGACGUUUACACUGAGCAAUUCUGUUAUUAAAAUAAAAAAAGUAAUAAAAAAAUAAGAGAAAAAAAAUUGUAAUCGAAGAUCUCUCAAGAAAUACGAUUCGACGAAAUCGUGGCCGAUAUUACGCGUAACUUGCUUUCCUUUCGGAAUUCCGAUUAUCGCCACGAGGCGGCCAACCUCUUCUCCUCCUCUGCAACGAGGAGCAGACGUAAACACCGCGCGAACCACGGGUGUGCUGAACGUUUACCGAAACGUUCGCAAAUCACGAUGGAAUGCCGUCAGACUGGUGUUCCCGUGCGCGGCACACGGUGACAUACAGAACGAAGCAACGACCCGUGCACUGUGCAGCGCUUACGUAAGGAAAUAACGCGGUACGGAGAGACCGAGUGGACCACCUCGAGCUUUGUUUCGACUACUAAAGUCGCGUAUUCACCGGUCACGUAGAAUGCUUGCAAAUGUUUGUGAGCUUUUUGAAAUGUUAAUAGCAGGCAAUCCGUGACAAACAUUUGUCAAGCACUUCCACUAAACAAAUGUUAGCAAACAAGGGCUUGUUUAUGAGCACUUGUCGUUGAUGCAUUGAUAGGGCCAGUUCUUAAAGACAGUAGUCGUUCGUUUACGUUAAACGCGUAGGAAUCGACAUGGAAACACUUCGUAAAUGUUAGUGUGUGGUUUACUUAAUGAUUAAAAUUCUGCACAUUUUUAUUGAUCAAUCGAGAAACUCGGGAAUGUGAAUAGAUACGCAGUUAAAGAAAUUGAGCCUGAACGCGCGACUGUCACUGUUUUGAAUAUUUGCGGUAUUCGAAUUUCGUUGAACUUUUGUUGAAACGGAGCCUUUAUGGUUGCCGCCAUCCAUGUUGAGCAACCACUACUGUCUUUCGUCCGACCGUGUAAUUACAUUGCGCAAUUCGCGCAUCUCUCAUAUGCUUUGCUUGUUCACCACUAAUUUAACGUGGAACAUUGAGAGAAUUAUGUAAGAACAGUGAACUGUAAAGAUUUUGAAGUGGAAAGUUACACAAAAUAAUGAGAACAUUGUAAAUGAUUAUUAAUUAUAAAUUAAACUAGAAAAUAUUA